ACAAAUUAGUGUUGAAAUCUGAACUAUUUUAGACCUCCACGAGAACAAUACUACUGUUAAACCCCCGGAAGCUCGGCCGUGCAAACAACCAAUCAGCGCAGUAAACACUGGUGUCUGUCACAGGAAAUGACGUGUGGUGCCCUUGGUUAGCUUUACAGCGUGUGCUGACUGAGAGGCUAGCAGGCUAACACUGAUCAUGUAAAAUUAAAUGAAACAUCCUCUGUUCGCGUCAUUCCCCGGUUUUGUCCAAUAAAAUGCCUCUACACAAGUAUCCACCAAAAAUCUGGGAAGCCCUGAAGCUGCAGAAGGGCAUCUACGCCCGUUUACCCCAGCACUACCUGCGCUCUCUGCAGGACAACGCCCCUCCUUCACCUGUGCACUGGAAACCUCUGGGUGUCAAAUACAGACUCAGUCCUAAAUCUGGACACAGAGAGCAAGUGCAGGAUGUGCCUAUCCCCGUCUAUCAUCCGCCAGAAUCACAGAGUGGACUCUGGGGUGGAGAAGGCUGGAUAUCUGGCUUUAGAUAUGCUAAAGAUGACAAGCUUUCUACAAGACUGCGCAAAACCUGGAAGCCGCAGCUGUUUAACAGAGAGCUGUACAGUGAGAUCCUCGACCAAAGGUUCACUGUAACGGUCACAGCUCGCACACUGGACCUUAUUGAUGCUGCUUUU